AGCCAUUCCUACAUUGGGCUAGCCUGACUUGACUUUGUCCAAACUCGAGAGUUCAGAGCUUGACCCCGGGGUUCCACGGGUUCCACCCUCGACCAAAUCCGACGGAGAAAGCCGUACGUGCCUCCGAGCUGUCCCCUGGGCACCCGUAGCCGAGACCCAGACCAAUCACGGAUCUAGACCUUGACGUAUCUGGGGUGGUCUCAAGCCAGUCACGUCAUCGAUUGCUGCUGGAUUGGCGCUGGCCUUUGGAGUGAGAUUCCGGAAGCGUCUCGGGGGUUCCAGCGGGUUGGAUUGGGCUUGUGGGAUUGGUCUGUGGGUGCUUGAGACUGAAGGAUGGACGACCCGAUGGAGAAGCGCUGUCUCCUGCGGGACCUGAACGAGAUGAUCACGUGCAAGAUUUGCCAGGGCUAUCUGAUCGACGCCACCACGGUCACCGAGUGUCUGCACACCUUCUGCAAGAGCUGCAUUGUCAAACACCUGGAGGACGCCAACACGUGUCCGGAAUGCGAGGACCUGAUCCACCAGUCCCACCCGCUGGACUACAUCGCCUUCGAUCGCACCAUGCAGGACCUGGUCUACAAGAUCGUGCCGCAGUUGGAGAAGGCCGAAUACGACCGGGAACGGGCCUUCUACGCCGAGCGAGGCCUACCCUGUCCCAAGGACCAAAUGGCCGAGGAGAACGAGGAGCAGAAGAAGGCCCAGGAGGAGCAACAGAUGACGCCCGACGCCAAUACCAACAUGGAUUUCCACCGAUUUGACGAGCAGGUCAAUUUGUUGCUCGAGUGUCCGGCCGGGAGUGCCACGCCCAAGGGCGGACUCAAACGCAAGUAUAUUCGCUGUUCCUCCUUGGCCACGGUCACGCAUUUGAAGAAGUUCAUCGCCAAGAAGCUACUCAACUCCAUGGAGCGUUACAAAGACGUGGACAUUACGUGCAAUGACGAGCCGCUCUACAAGGAUCACACGCUCAAAUUCGUGUACGUCACCCGUUGGCGCACCAAAGACCCGCCCAUGAAGCUGACCUUCACGCCCAACGCACCCGAACCCGCGCCCGCCCUAUUAUAACCGAUGCGGGUGGGCCUCAGGCCCGACUAUUAUUGCUUAGAUAGAUCGUUUUUUUUUUCCUGCUAUUAUAAGAUUUAUUUUUUUCCA